GAGCCGCAGUUUAGUCAUUAUGCGUAAGAUCAGAUGGUGAGAGAGGGAAUGAAAGCCCUUCUCUGACAGAUCGCGUUUAUUUUGGAGCAUAACUGUUUGAAUAAGAGAGUUUGAGAGCUUCACGGCAUCAAUGUAUAAGUAUUUACUCAACCACCUUCAGGGUCAUUGGCUCUGUGUCUGCUAAACGCAUUGGUUAUGGAACAGCAAGCUAGUGAUGAUGAGCCACCAGUAGUUCGUAGAGAGGAAAACAAGAGGAGGAGAAGGAAGAUGAAAGCAUUCACAUCCACCUCAGCUGUACCCAUGGAUCAUAUAGCGAUUGAGUUUGUACUGCCCACCACUAACAAAACAAACAAGAGCCCUGACAAGCUGCAAUUAGAAGUGACUGGAAAUUGGACGGUAGAGCAGGUGAAGGUUCAGCUCUGGCACAGAGCUGUUACCACAAAGAUAUGCCCUGAAUUUUACCAAAAAUACUCGCCAGACCACUGCAUUCUCCUCUACCAGAAGAAAGGCAACUGGUAUGAGAUCUACGAUAAGCAGCAGGUGUUUCAAACCCUUGACUGCGUCCGCUACUGGAAAGCGUUGAGAAAAGAGAUGGGAAAAAUUCAUUUGGUUAUCAGGCCGCAAGCAUCCGAGGAUUCUCUUAAGUACCAAAGGUUUCUGAACCACCUCAUUGGAUAUGAUGUUACAGAUGUCAGCAACGUCCAUGAUGACGAAUUGGAAUUCACACGAAGAAAGCUACUCACCCCUCGGAAAAUCGAGCUGUCUGAUAGAGACCCGAAACUUUAUUCAAUGGAUCCCUGGAUAACCACAAAGCCGCUCCCUGAAUACUUGCUGAGCAAAAUAAGUAACACUCACAUUCUGGUGGUGAUACACAAGGAGACAACAAGCCAGACCAUUAAGGUAUCUAUAGAUGAUACACCUGUGCAGGUUCUUCAGAGCUUCUUUGCCAAGAUUGCUAACAAGAGAGCGCUUUUAGACAUAUCAGAAGAUGUCAGCGAAUCUGAUUUUGUCUUGAGAGUUUGCGGAAGAGAGGAAUACCUAUAUGGCAACUACGCCAUCAAAGACUUCCAAUGGAUCAGACAGUGUCUUAAAAACGGUGAAGAGAUCCAUUUGGUGUUACAGCACCCGCCAAACCCAGAACAAGAUGUAGUCCAAAGAGAGGACUGGUCGCAGGUUGAUGACUGCACUGGUGUAGCUGGCACACAUGAACAAUUGACCAUCACUGAAAAAGACCACGAGAAGGUGUUCACCAUCUCCCUAUGGGACUGCAAUCGAAAAUUCAGGGUUAAGAUCUUGGGGAUUGACAUACCAGUACUUCCACGCAAUUCAGAGCUGAUUGUGUUUGUUGAGGCCAGUAUUUUUCAUGGUCAGCAGUUGCUGGCCCAAGAGAGGACAAGCUCGAAACCCUUCACAGAUGAGGUGCUUUGGAACACCUGGCUGGAAUUCAAUAUAAAGAUCAAGGACUUACCCAAAGGAGCACGACUUAGUCUGCAGGUGUCUUGUGGAAAAGCCCAGACUCAAACAUCAAAGGAAAACGACUGCAAAAACAAGAGCCGCUUGCUUUACUACGUCAACCUGUUACUGGUGGACCACAGGUCUCUGCUAAGACAAGGGGAGUUUGUCUUGCAUAUGUGGAAGAUGCCAGAGAAAAGUGAAGACAACAGCAGUGUUAAUGCAGACAAGCUUACGUCUGCCACAAACCCAGACAAGACCACUUCCAUGGCUGUCGCUAUUCUUCUAGACAAGUACUGCUACCCUGUUGCUCUCCCUAAGAGCAAGGAUUCUCAAGACUCAGAAAUGGAAGGGGAGAGAGGGCAGAGAGAGAUGCCCAAUCACUUGCGGAAACAGUUUGAGCAGAUUAUUGCUACUGAUCCUCUGCAUCCGCUCAGUGCAGAAGAUAAAGAGCUGCUUUGGCACUUCAGGCAGGAGUGUAUGCGGGAUCCCAAAGCAUAUCCAAAGUUCCUUUCCUCUGUAAAAUGGGGCAAACAAGAGGCUGUGACAAUAACCCACUGUCUUCUGGAGCGGAGUACCAUAUGGGACCGAAGCUCACUUGACGUGGGUUUGGCUUUACAGUUACUAGACUGCCACUUUUCUGACGAAAAUGUCCGCACUAUGGCCGUCAGAAAGUUAGAGACUCUGGGAGAUGAUGACGUUCUACGGUAUCUCCUGCAGCUUGUUCAGGCUGUGAAAUUUGAACCGUACCAUGACAGUGCACUUUCCAGGUUCCUUCUCAAACGUGCGCUUAGAAGCAAGCGGAUUGGCCACUUCCUGUUCUGGUUCUUGCGUAGUGAAAUUGCUCAAUCCAUGCAUUACCAGCAGCGGUAUGCUGUUAUCCUGGAGGCUUACCUUCGUGGCUGUGGUGAAGUUAUGCUGCAGGACUUCAGGAAGCAGGUGGAGAUCACAGAGGCCUUGCAAAGAGUCGCCCGUGAGAUUAAGCUUGUGUCUGCUGAAAAAUAUGACGUGUCAGCACAAGUUGUUUUUCAGCUGCGUCAGAAACUGGAGGGACUGCAAAUGUCAGGGUUGCCAGAAAGCUUCAAAGUGCCUUAUGACCCAGGCCUACGGGCUGGGGCAUUGGUGAUUGAACAAUGCAAAGUGAUGGCAUCCAAAAAAAAACCCUUGUGGCUGCAGUUCAAGCGAGCCGACCCCACCACCCUGUCGAGUGACACAAUUGGUAUCAUCUUUAAAGAUGGGGAUGACCUUCGUCAGGACAUGCUGAUAUUACAGAUUUUGCUAAUAAUGGAGUCUAUCUGGGAGCUGGAAUCCUUGGAUCUUUCCUUGUUACCAUAUGGCUGCAUUUCCACAGGAAAUAAAAUUGGGAUGAUUGAAAUAGUGAAGGAUGCCACGACUAUUGCUAACAUUCAGCAAAGUACUGUUGGGAACACUGGUGCUUUUAAAGAUGAAAUACUCAGCCAAUGGCUUUGUGAGAAGUGUGUGAAUGAGCACCAGCAGGCUGUAGAGCGGUUUGUAUUCUCCUGUGGAGGAUAUUGUGUGGCAACUUAUGUCCUGGGCAUUGGUGAUCGUCACAACGACAAUAUAAUGAUCACAGAGACGGGGAACCUGUUUCACAUUGAUUUUGGACAUAUACUUGGAAAUUACAAGAGUUUCUUGGGGAUAAGCAAGGAACGAGUGCCGUUUGUCCUAACUCCUGAUUUCCUUUAUUUGAUGGGCACGACUGGGAAAAAAAGUAGCCCUAAUUUCCUCAAAUUUCAGAACGUUUGCCUGAAGGCCUACCUGGCUCUGAGACACCACACCAACCUACUUAUCAUCUUGUUCUCUAUGAUGCUCAUGACGGGUAUGCCACAGCUGACUAGCGAGGAGGACAUAGAGUACAUACGGGAAGCACUGACGGUCGGACGCUCUGAGGAUGAAGCCAAACAACAUUUCUUGGACCAAAUCGAGAUAUGUCGAGACAAAGGUUGGACGGUGCAGUUCAACUGGUUCCUCCACUUAGUUCUAGGCAUUAAACAAGGUGUGGAGAAACGUUCAGCUUGAGCAUGCCAUCGAUCCUGCAUGAAGAAGAUCAUUUUAGAUGAAGAAUUAAACCUAAAAGGUUUUUAAGGCCAUAAAUUAUUCUGUUGUUUAGGCUUUUAAGGUGCAGUCUUAAUAUAACCUUGGGAAUUUGCACUGUAAUAUAAAGUAUGUGAAGAUUGUUAUGUCUAAGAGACUGAAUCAGUCUACAUACCCAUAAUAAAGCAGUAAAAAGCAGGAGUCUGAUCACUGGAGAAGGAGCUGGUAUUCUGUCAGCCUACAUCUCUUAUUUUAAAUAAGUUUUGAGAUUCUAUUCAGUCUGUUGAGAGGCAAAAUUUGCUAAUUACUUGUGACAUCUUGUGACUAUGACAUUCAGCACAUCUGUGAUUCGCAAUAAUUGUGUUUUUGUGUUAAAAAUGAGGAGGUGGUGGUGGAAAUAUUAAGUACAAUAAUUGUAUAAUAUGAAUCAUAUUUUUUUUAUUUGAUAUCUAACCAGCUAGAGCACAGCUUUUGUUUGAAUCACCUAAAUAUGCUGACAUUAAUUUAUUUUUAGAUAUAUUUAAUUGUUUUAUUUUAAAAUUGUUUGAGAACAAAUGUCAUACGAAUUCUUUCUCUUUUUUUUUACUGGCACAUUUUUAAAACUAUUGUCAUAUCACAUUUACAACCCCAUAUUAAUUAAGAAGGUGCCAUUCAAUUUUUAACCCUCAAUCAUGAAAUUGUACCUAUAGAUUCUGCCAAAAUCCCAUAGUUACUACAGUUAUUGUUUCUACAUCCAAACUGUGCUAACUGGCCAAUGUUCAGAAUGGCAAAUAAACAUUUUCACAGUAUAUAGUAUGCAUACUGUGCACAGAAUGCAAAUUAUUCAGACAUCAAGUCUAUGAUUUCUAUGAUACACUAUAUUGCCAAAAGUAUUCGCUCAUCUGCCUUUAGACGCAUAUGAACUUAAGUGACAUCCCAUUCUUAAUCCAUAGGAAUUAAUAUGACGUCGACCCACCCUUUGCAGCUAUAACAGCUUCAACUCUUCUAGGAAGGCUUUCCACAAGGUUUAGGAGUGUGUUUAUGGGAAUUUUUGACCAUUCUUCCAGAAGCGCAUUUGUGAGGUCAGACACUGAUGUUGGACGAUUAGGCCUGGCUCGCAGUCUUCGCUCUAAUUCAUCCCAAAGGUGCUCUAUCGGGUUGAGGUCAGGACUCUGUGCAGGCCAGUCAAGUUCUUCCACACCAAACUCGCUCAUCCAUGUCUUUAUGGACCUUACUUUGUGCACUGGUGUGCAGUCAUGUUGGAACAGGAAGGGGCCAUCCCCAAACUGUUCCCACAAAGUUGGGAGCAUGGAAUUGUCCAAAAUCUCUUGGUAUGCUGAAGCAUUCAGAGUUCCUUUCACUGGAACUAUGGGGCCAAGCCCAGCUCCUGAAAAACAACCCCACACCAUAAUCCCCCCUCCACCAAACUUCACAGUUGGCACAAUGCAGUCAGAGAAGUACCGUUCUCCUGGCAACCGCUAAACCCAGACUCGUCCAUCAGAUUGCCAGAUGGAGAAGCGUGAUUCGUCACUCCAGAGAACGCGUCUCCACUGCUCUAGAGUCCAGUGGCGGCGUGCUUUACACCACUGCAUCCGACGCUUUGCAUUGCACUUGGUGAUGUAUGGCUUGGAUGCAGCUGCUCGGCCAUGGAAACCCAUUCCAUGAAGCUCUCUACGCACUGUUCUUGAGCUAAUCUGAAGGCCACAUGAACUUUGGAGGUCUGUAGCGAUUGACUCUGCAGAAAGUUGGCGACCUCUGCGCACUAUGCGCCUCAGCAUCCGCUGACCCCGCUCUGUCAUUUUACGUGGUCUACCACUUCGUGGCUGAGUUGCAGUCAUUCCCAAUCGCUUCCACUUUGUUAUAAUACCACUGAGAGUUGACUGUGGAAUAUUUAGUAGCGAGGAAAUUUCACGACUGGACUUGUUGCACAGGUGGCAUCCUAUCACAGUACCACGCUGGAAUUCACUGAGCUCCUAAGAGCGGCCAAUUCUUUCACAAAUGUUUGUAGAAGCAGUCUGCAUGCUUAGGUGCUUCAUUUUAUUCACCUGUGGCCAUGGAAGUGAUUGGAACACCUGAAUUCAAUUAUUUGGAUGGGUGAGCGAAUACUUUUGGCAAUAUAGUGUAUUAUGCUUUCAUUCUGGAGCCCUGUCUUCAAAAUGUACAUUUUUAAUAUUUUCCACCAGAUGGCGCUAUUUUUCUCAUGUUUAGCCUAUGGAGCAAAUACAAGUUUUUUUCCUAUUUUCUGUUUGCUGUAUUAUAGAGCACUGUAGGCCAAUUGAAUAAAUCAUGCAGCUAAAAUUG